AUGCGUUCCGCCAUCGUCGCUCUUGCUGCGCUCGCAUCGUCCGUUUCCGCCGUGGGCAACGCCAUUGUCAAGAACAACUGCCCCAGCACCUUUUACCUGUGGUCCGUCGGCGGUUCCAUUGGUCCAGAAGUGGCUGUCGCGCCCGGCAAAAACUACACCGAAGUUCUCCGCCGAGACCCGACGUCUGGUGGUGUUGCUCUGAAGAUCACGAGGACGGCCGGAGGGCUCUUUACGGGCGCGCCUACCCAGAUCUUCUCGUACACGCUCGAUGGCGCCCAGGUCUGGUAUGACUUGAGCACGGUCUUCGGUGAGCCGUUCGCCGGGUCGCAUCUCACCGUCACUGCCAACGGAGGGGGCACGAUUGAUUGGCCCCAGGGAACUCAUCCUGGAGGUAGCCAAGUGAAGGUUGCCCCUAGCGGCAGUAACGUUGUGUUCACUGCCUGCGCUUGA